AUGGAGUUUGCCACAGUUCUAGUUGGUGCUGUUAUUUUCCUGAUCCUCUUCCUGUGGCUACGGUCUGCCAGCCGAAAUCUGCCGCCCUGUCCACUGAGGCCCCUGCCUGUAGUGGGCCACCUCUUCUACAUGGCAAAAGACGCCAGGCCACAGUUUGAGGAGUUUAGGAAGCGUUGUGGGGACAUUUACAGCUUGUACAUGGGAGGGACUCUGGUGGUUGUUCUCAACGGUUACGACCUAAUCAAGGAAGCUCUGGUCAAGAAGGCUGACGUCUUUUCUGACCGACCACACUUCUACAGUGACAUGGCUGUUGGGAUGAAAAACAAAGGAAUCAUUUUCUCUAAUGGUGCAAUCUGGAAGGAACAGCGAUCUGUGAGCCUGUCCAUACUAAGAGCUUUCGGGAUGGGUAAGAAUCUUCUAGCCGAGAAGACACAAGAAGAGGUUGCCUGUUACGUGGACUAUUUGGCAAGUCUAAAAGGGAAUCCCACAGAUAUCCAGGUCAUCACUAACAUUAGCACGUGUAACAUUAUUUGCUCUAUUUUGAUUGGUCGUCGUUUUGAAUACGAUGACAAAGCUCUUCAAAAAUUGAUGCACCAACUUGGUGCUUUGGUCACGGACCAGAAAAAUAUGGGCCUAAUCAAUUUUAUUUUCUGGCUUAGAUACAUCCCUGGAGAUUUAUUCAAGGCCAAAUCAAUAGCAAGGAACAGAAGGGCAGUAUUCAGCGAGCUUAUGAAAUUUAUUGAAGAGAAAAAGCGACACGUGGUAGAUUCGGAUGACGUUUGCAACCUCAUCGAUGCCUAUAUUCUUGAAAGAAACAAGAAAAUACAAGCAGGGACAUGUACAUCAUUAGACGAUCAGCAUCUUACGAAGAUAAUGUAUGACUUAUUUGUUGCUGGUACUGAAACAACGAGCACGACCAUCUACUGGUGUAUUCUGUACAUGCUCCAUUACCCUGAAAUACAGGAAAAGGUCUACCAGGAGAUCAAGCAGAAAGUUGGAACAAACAGAGCUCCGACAAUACAGGAUAAACCACAAAUGACCUACUUGAACGCCGUGAUCUGUGAGACUCAACGUCUGGCCAGUAUUGUCCCUCUAUCCGUCACUCACGUCUGUUCUGAAGAUGUAUCUUUGCGAGGGUAUGAUCUGCCUAAAGGAGCCUACAUUAUCACAAACCUAGACACCGCUCUGCACGACCAAGCCUCCUGGGGUGACGAUUCCACAAGUUUCAAACCCGAGAGAUUCAUUGACAACAACGGAGACCUACAGAUCCCCGAGCAGUUUAUCCCGUUCAGUACCGGAAGACGUGUCUGCCUUGGGGAAGCUUUAGCUAAAAUGGAACUGUUUCUGUUUCUGUCCACAAUGUUCCAGAGAUUCCAGUUCCUUCCACCAACCGCACAGUCAGUUCCUGAACUCAAGUACAAACCUGGAAUAGUCGCUUCUCCACAAGCCUAUGAGGUCAGACUUGUGGAGAGAAAGUAA